AUGGAAAACAGGGCCUUUAGCCCACAGAUUCAGUGGAACCAUUGCCAGAGGCAGAGAGCUGUGGAAAGGCUGGCUCUUUAUGAAGGAAAGCAGAGUGACCUAUGCGGUGCCUCAAUCCUGGCAGUAGCAAUUUGGCUACGAGCAGGCAAAGAUGGUCCAGAGAUUCUCAGUCCUGGGGCUGCUACCAUUAACCCCUAUAUUGCUGUGAAUAUCUUGAUUGUUGUGGGUGUUACCAUCAUGAUUCUGGGUUUCCUGGGAUGCUUUGGUGCCAUGAAAGAAAACCAGUUCGUGCUUGUUUUGUUUUUCAUAGGGUUGAUUCUGGUCCUACUUCUGCAAGUGGUGGCAGGUAUCGUAGGAGCUACUAACAAAUCUAAGACUGAACGUGCUCUUAAAGAGACUCUCCAGACUAAUGUACAUCUUUUGAGUGCACCAAAUGGAAAACCAUUCCAGAAAGCCUUUUCUGAAAUUCAAGAAAAGUUAAAAUGUUGUGGCUUGAUCAAUGGAGCUUCUGAUUGGGGAAAUAAUUUUCAAUACUAUUACAAGUCAUGUGAAUGUCCAAGUGCAUCAGAUUCUUCUUGUACAAAGUAUGAUGGAAAAACUGUUUACAAACAGUCAUGCUUUUCUUUGAUAAGAUGCUUAUUUUCAAGAAGUCUUUCCAUAGUUAUUGGACUAGCGUUUGGACUGGCAGCUGUUGAGGUACUUGGUCUGAUACUUUCUAUUGUCCUGUACUGCCAGAUCAGGAAGAAAUAAGUCUGUAGAUGUGUCAAGUCAUCAUCGGUCAAACCCCUUUAAAAUUUUGUUUUGGAUUUGUAACUUUAAAUAUAUGAGUGCUGUGUUAAGAGCAGCUGUCCUAUUAAAAUGUGUCAUUUAGCUAGAUCACAGAGAUCUUCCAGUCAUAUUGAACAUAUUUAAGAUUUCAGGGACACAAGGAAAUUAGAUGAAUGUGCAUUUUUCCUCAAAAUAAAAGUAACAUUGUUUACAUUGAUGCUUUUUCCUGUCUGAUCAUUGUGUUCAGGUGGUACUGUGCUUAAAGCAUUCAUCUGGAGCCACCCAGUGGAAUAAUAAUCUCUAAGUAACAGGACCAUAGUUAGUUAAGGCAGUGCGUCUAGGCUUUUCAGAAGCAACACUCUGUCUUGCGUGAUGUAUCAACCAUUGGUGGUAAGAUCGAAUUAAGCCUCAUGUUGGAAGGUUGAGAGUGGCCCAGCUAAAAGAGUCACCGUCUCCUGUCUGUUUAUGCCAGUGUCUACUAAUAGUGUUUCUUUUUCUCUCUGUUGUGAGGACAAGAAGAUCUGAAUGCUGCCUUUCCAGCCAUUGAAUCUCUGGGGGACCUUCAAGAUGGCGGAAGAGUAAGACGUGGAGAUCACCUUCCUCGGCACAAAUACAUCAGAAAUACGUCUACACGUGGAACAACUCCUACAGAACACCUACUGAACGCUGGCAGAAGACCUCAGACUUCCCAAAAGGUAAGACACUCCCCAUGUACCUGGCUAAGGCAAAAGAAAAAACAGAGACAAAGGAUAGGGAUGGGACCCACACCAGUGGGAGGGAGCUGUGAAGGAGGAAAGGUUUCCACCCACUAGAAGCCCCUUUGCGGGCGGAGACUGCGGGGGGUGGACGGGGGAAGCUUCGGAACCACGGAGGAGAGCGCAGCCACAGGGGUGCGGAGGGCAAAGCGGAGAGAUUCCUGCACAGAGGAUCGGUGCCGACCAGCACUCACCAGCUCGAGAGGCUUGUCUGCUCACCCGCCGGGGCGGGCGGGGCUGGGAGCUGAGGCUCGGGCUUCGGAGGUCGGAUCCCAGGGAGAGGACUG